UCACCCACAAAGGCAAACUGUCAUAAAUUAUUUGACGUUCACCUUAGUACGUACGUAGUGAAAAAUUCACCAUUCAAAGAAAAGUUUAUUAAUCCCAUCGCAGGAGCGAAUUCAAAUACAAUUUAAAUUAUUUUCCUAAGAUAUUUAUUAACAAAUAAGCAAAAUGUCUUCCCGUAAAACUGCCGGCCGUCGUGCUACCACCAAAAAACGCGCCCAACGCGCCACCUCAAAUGUAUUUGCCAUGUUCGAUCAGGCACAAAUUGCCGAAUUUAAAGAAGCCUUCAAUAUGAUCGAUCAAAACCGUGAUGGUUUUGUCGAGAAGGAGGAUUUGCACGAUAUGCUUGCUUCUCUUGGAAAAAAUCCAACCGAUGAUUAUCUAGAGGCAAUGAUGAACGAAGCCCCAGGGCCAAUUAAUUUCACUAUGUUCCUGACAUUAUUCGGUGAACGUCUGCAAGGAACCGAUCCUGAAGAUGUUAUUAAAAAUGCAUUUGGUUGUUUUGAUGAGGAGAACAAUGGUGUUUUGCCAGAAGAUCGUCUUCGUGAGUUGCUGACCACAAUGGGUGAUCGAUUCACUGACGAAGAUGUUGAUGAAAUGUACCGGGAAGCACCUAUUAAACACGGUCUCUUCGACUACAUCGAAUUCACACGAAUCCUUAAGCACGGCGCCAAGGAUAAGGAUGAACAAUAAUUUCUUUAAAACAAAAAUAUUAUUUUUAACCAGCUACUAUCUUGCUGUUGUUGGACGAAUAUUGGUUAUUAAAAAAAUGCAUUUUAUUUACUUAAUUUAAAAAAUCAUUUAUUAUUAUUUAUGUUUUCAAAUAUAAAUGGUAGUUUUUUUUUGGUUAUUCUCGCGAUAAAAAAGAAAGUAUUUGCACCUAAUGCGAUCCUUAAAAAGUAAUAAUAUAUAUACACAGUACACACCUCCGUACAUAAAUACUUGCAUACAUAUGAUUAAAUAAACAUUAAUUGGUGCCCUGUCCUCUGCGAAACGAAUAUCAAUAUUAACAUCUAAUAUAUAAAAUUUAGUAUUAUUGUAUUUAUAUGCAAAUUGUUUAGGACAUUUGCAAAUAAAAAAGAAAAAAACAAAACAAAAAACAUAACUAACCUCUACUUGUGUCCUAAUGUUUUGUCAAAUAUUUUCCAUUUUUUACAUAAAUAAAUUUCAUAUAUAAAAAACCUUUUAUACAAUAUGGAGAUGGUGUUGUGUUUUCGUCGUAACUAAAAUGAUAAUUUUAUUAAUAACAUACAAGAUCAAUACACACAAUUUGAAACGUUUUUAGAACCCAAAACGGAUCUUUUUCUUGUUAGACAAUCUAUCUAAAAUAAUAUCCAAACAAUCCAUUUGCUGAUAUUGUGCCAUUUGAUGUUCAUAUCCUUUGAAAAAAGUGCGGUCAGUGCAAGGAAAAACUAAAGGGUAUCCGACCAACCCGCCCAUGUGAGCGUUCCCGCUUGUCAAAACGCCAAAAGACCGUCCGUCGUACAUACUUAGGUGUCCUUUGCCAUGGUUGCUUACGCGAGCGUAUCAUCCGUGCCUUCCUUAGGAACAAAAUAUGGUUAAGGCCCUCAAGAGCAAAAAUUAAUCUGUCAAACCUGUUAGGUUGUUAGGGCAGCUGCACCACCAGCUCCUUAAAAGAAGCCAGCACAGAAAUCGGCUUCAAAGUCUAAGAAAUAAGAAGUGUACUCCUUUUAAAAAAUUAAUAAAUUUUUAUUAGAAAA